AUGAAGUCGUCCGUUCUUACCCUCUGCUCCACGCUGCUGGUUCUGCUGGCCGUGCUGCGAUCGGGCGGUUGCUUCGAUGCGAAGCUGCCUCUCGUCGAGCGGCUGCACGAUAGUUUGGACAUCCUGCAGGAGGACUCGCAAGUCGAAUCGCUGGCACCGGUCUCUCCGAGCUCGGAGCUGUUUGAGAUCGCAAAACGUUUGGCGCAGAAGCACGAAUCGCCGGUCCAGGGCCGCCAUGUGUCAAGUGACGGAACCAGAACCUUUAGGCCCCAUAACAACAUGGACCUGCUGGAGGAAAACAGUGAAGAGUUUAUGGACCUGUCGGUCGACAUCGCCUACUCAGCCGUCUAUCUGUUGAGAAACUAUACGCGCUUCGUACGUAACGCGAACAACAAGUUUAUCGUGAUCUUUGAAUAA